AUGACCCCAAUGGAACCCAUAGGCGGCGCCAUCGCCGUUGCACAGGCGAUCGUAGGCACUUGCAAAGCCAUCCACAUGUGUGUAACGGCGAUCAAGGACUCGCACGACACGCAGGAUCGAUGGAACGUUUCGAUUAGCUCUCUCCAGCAUAUCUCGGAGCAGUUCGAAGUUGUGUCACAGGAGAGAAGGGCCCGUCAUCCUGCCAGGGGAUCUCUCGAAGGAACGCACUAUGGAGUCAUCAGCGCACAUCUUGAUCGAUUCAACCGUGACCUGAGGAAGCUUGAGAGAAAUAUCUCGAGUACCAACCUUGCCAACCGAGCUUCGGCUUCGAAGAUCUCGUUGAGAAGUAAAGUAAAGCUUGCCUUCACAAUGGACUGGAGAGAGAACGAGCAGCUCCUCAAGUGGAUAGAUCGUCACGUCACUUUUCUUCAAAUCAACAUAGAUCUCAGAGGCGUGAACGAGGAUAACAUGAAUGACGUUGAACGAGCCUUGGGGACGGGCCACGACAGUUGGAAGCCCAUUCCUACACCUGAAAGCCUUGAUGAACCCAGAGUUGUAUUGGACGAUUGCUUGUCCUCUGCAGAGGUCUUAGCCAAGCAUGUUGCCAUUCAAAAGUUAGACACUACAGAUAGGGCCACCCCUGCACCAACCGAGAUGGAUUGGGACCUAAUGCACGAUACAACUGAAUUGACCUCUUCAAGCACUGUGAGCCCCGUUGAACAGGAACUACGCCUUCAUGCCACGAUACAAUAA